AUGCGGGAUGAAGGGGCCAUGUGGUACCUGCAGGAUGAUGCAGAGAAGCAUCGAGUCAAAGACUUCCUUGGGAUUGCCAAAGCGAAUGUGAAACAUGGGAAAACAUCUCACCUGAGCUGGGAACCUGAGAUCAAGGAAGAACUGAAAAGAUUGCAGCCAACAAUAGAAGAAGUUAGUGAUGGAAAAUACGUACUUGAAAACCACCAGAUUUCCAUGGAUAUGGAGAAUAAUAUUGAAAAAUACAACCUCAGUCUUCAGCCCUUGGAGUCAAAAGUGAAAAUCAUCCAAAGAGCAUGGCGGGAAUACCUUCAACGUCAGGAUCUGUCCCACCAGGAUCACCUGGAGAAGCGGAGUCCAUCUCCUCCUUCUGUCUCCUCUGAUAAGAUGAGCAGCUCUAUCAGCAUGAACACCUUUUCUGAUGGCAGCACACCUGUAAGUCAUCUAGUUUUUCUUCUUUUUGGUUUUAAUAUGCACAAGCAAUGGUCUGAUCCUUGAAAUCAAAAGAGAAAUUUCCUCAUGAGAGAUAAGGACUUGGUUUAGAUUGUGAAUAUAAGGGUUUGGUUUCCAUUUAUGGGAAGGGAUUGAGUUCUAAUCAUCUCUAGUUCAAAUAGAGAUUUCAAUUUAUGAACCCAAAGAGAUGUUUGUGAAGAAAAAUAUUCUGCAUUUGAAAUAUAUCUAAAAUGCCAUGAGGAAACUGAGCUUUCCCUACAUUCACCGUGGUUGAAGGUUUUCUUAUUCAUGAUCAGAAUACUCUUGGAAUCUUGGGCUGGAGAGAUUUUAUGAAGGCAAUAUCAUACUAGAAUGAUUGGGCUUCUCUUUUUAUAGCAGAGAUUUCUAUAGGCUGUGAGAUGGUUUUUUUCUCUAUUAUACCGUGUAUGUGUGUGUGUGUGUGUGUGUGUGUGUGCGUCUAUACACACACACAUAGGGAGAUAAAGAUAUAUAGA